GUGUAGUGAGAUUUGCUAGCUUCGAGACUUCUCCGUAGACCUGCGGCAGUGUUCAACAGUUCAUUCUCCAGCAGUGAGUCGCGCAAUUGGAUUGUAACUAACAGAGUGGUCGGUUGUGUUGCCUCCGCGAGUGGCCUUUCGACUUUACACACAGGCUGCACAUUUUCCCACUUAAUUGUGCCACAAGCUAAUCCCACAAUAGAACAGUGAAUCAGUGAUAAGAAAUAAAUAUCUACUAAAAAAAAGGAACAGAGUGUGGUGGUGCUGUGAAUAAAAUAAUUAAGGAGCGGGGGUGUUAUUAAUAUUAUUGGAAAAUUAACACUGCACGUCAUCACGUUCACUUUUGGAUACCCCCCAGACCUUCAGCAGGAAAUUCCAAAGCGCCAUGGCAAAUUGGAGAAUUUAUUGAAAUUUUCUCGCGAAUUUGUGUGGGGGAAUAGUGUGAGAACACAGAGAAACAACCCUUAGGCAGUUGAUCAGCUAUUCCAGACGCAUUGCUGGAGCAACACCUUCCACUAAAGAGACCAUUUCGUUGGCAUGUAGAGACGCAGUAGCGACCCACGAUGAUCCAUCGCAAUCGACGUCGAAGUAAUUGUGCUCCAUUAUGGAUCUCACUUUUCGCAUUUAUUCACAUGGUGGCACUUCUUGCGAGUGGUGCCACUAUCAAAAGAGAAAUCGUACCUCCCGUGACCACAACUGAAGCACCACCGAAUGCAUCAGAUGCUGCCCGCGGGGCCAUCAAUAGCAACUCCACCAACGAUGCAAUUUCACCGGAGGACGCACCAGAAGCUGCGACGGCAUCCAAGGUGGACGCACCACUGAGUGGCGGUGAAUUGGAAAAUGUGGAAAUUGUCAAUGGGAGUGCAACGGAAGCAUUACCCAACACUACAGACAAACCAUUUGUCUUUGACUUGAGCAGGUACACAUCACCAUAUGGAGAAAAUACAAUUAGCCCUACGAAGAGAGAAACGUUGGAUGGCUUGGACGGUGAUAAAAGUGAGAUGAAGUCCAGUGAUGCCGAUGAGAAGGAUUAUGAGAAAAUGUUUGGUGAGAUGGAACUCACAACACCAUCUUCACCGGAGUUUGAUGAACUCCACAAGAUGUAUCGCACGGACAAGGUGGAUGUCGGUGGGCACGAUGUGAGUGAUGAAGAAAGUGUGGCGGCUACAACGGAAAACAAUUAUUUGGCGGCUAAUCUGGUGUUGGGGGUCACUGAAGCGAAUAACAAUGGGAGCAGCGAGAAAAAUUCAUCUCUCUACUACAACAAUGGGGAAAUAGAGACCAAAAACUACGACAUAAGUACCAAUGAGCUGAAGAAGAAUGACGCCAAUGCGACCAAGGAUGGUGAAAAGAGGGCCAAGUACCUCAGACCCACGACGCAGCACCGGGCGGCGAUAAUCAGUGCCGAGGGACACGAUGUGGCCCCCACAGAGGAAUCGGAUAUGAAUCUCAACAUACCCAAUACGGCGGAAGUGUGGGCUCUGGCGGGUAUGAAGAGUGUCGAACACAUGAAAAGUAAAUUCAAUCAAUUCGCCAAUAAAACAUCGGAGAGCCUCACCGAUGCGAAUGGCGUCAAUACCACGUCGGCUACGAAGUUACUGGCUGACUGGACGGAAAUUAUGAAGAAUAAUGAAUUCAGCAAUAAUUCAGCAGUGUUGAGUGGUGAUCUUGAGGGAAAAAUGGCAAAGAAUGGAAGUGAAACGACACCAGAGCAACUUGCGGGUGAGAACAAUGUGAUCUCUGUACUCAUGACGACACAGCAGCCGGAAAGUCCAGCACGAGAGACCCCUGAGAAUGUCAUCGAGAGACGCGUGAUGAGUACCGUGGAGGCCACAACAACAGCCAAAGAAAGUCCAAGCGAGACAAUGGGCGAUUUAGAAAAAUUGCCAAGUGUACUGAAUGAUGAUUUACUGGAGCGCCGGGAAAGUGUUGGCAGUGAAAUGAGUGAAAGUACCCCAUCAACAGGUAGCACCAUUGAUGAGACCACCACUGAGCUCGCCGCUACCACGGCUGAAAGUGACAAUUUAGCCACAACCACUGCUCUCUAUUCCGAAGAUGGAAAUACGGAUGCUGAAUAUGUCACAAAUGAUAUUACAAAUCCAAUGACCACCGCUGCGGCCAGCACGGUGGAUGAUCACGAUGCUUCCACGCCCGAGCGUCUAUCGAGUGAAGAACCCAAGAGAACAACAAAGGCUCUGCCAAAUGAGGACAGUCAUACGACCAUCUCCAAUGCAUUACCCACAGCUAGUCCAACAGAACAAUCAGACAUCAAUCAAUCCACAGCUGAAGACACCACGGCCAGCGAUUCAGUGGAUGGGGAAACGACGAAAGCAAUUGAGGUGACCACGGACAAAGGCACCGUGACAACGGAAAGUUCAACGGAACAAAAUGAGCAAAUUAAAUCGACUGCAGAUUCCACUGAUCUCAAUAAUAACGUACCGUACCUGCCCUUUCCCACAUCCAAUCGAAACAUAGGAUUCACCUCAGAUGAGCCUCUAUUCGACUCAACGGCCAGCAUUGAGCAGAAACUCACAACAAUCGCACCCACAGCUACGGCUCAAGACAGCGAUGCGGCACCCGAAGAAGAAACCGAUGUGAAUACCAUAAUUGCAGCCACAGUUAGUGUAAUUGUGGUUAUCGGUGUGAUCAUCUUAGUUGGAUUUUUGUAUGUUCUCCGGAAGAGACAGAAGCAAUUAACGUACGGACAAAGGUGCAGGCCUGUUGGAUUGGACGCCUACAGCUUGGACAAUGUUUCGGUGUACAAUAGUGUUCGAAGGAAGGGAAAUAAUCUCCGGCUGUCCAAAAGAUCCUACGGCAAUUCUGCUUUUGAAGAUCCAGGUCUUCGGUGCAAUUUACUAACAAUCCUAGCACUUGACACAUUCGUCCAGGAUAAGGAUAAAAUUUACGAAGAAUUCAAAGAGAUUCCCUUGGUUACAGCAAGAGUGGACGAAGUACCUCAAGGGUGCGAAGAUAAGAAUAGAUACGCCAACGUUGUCCCAUUGCCAGAGACGCGUGUUCACCUGAAACAACUGAAUGGUGACGAAAAGACCGAAUAUAUCAAUGCGAACUUCGUAAAGGGUCCCAAGGAUCCCUCAAACUACUACAUUGCCUGUCAAGCUCCAAUGGAUAAUACCAUCAUUGACUUUUGGCGCAUGAUUUGGGAACAGAGCUCAAGGGUGAUCAUUAUGGCGACAGAUUUAACGGAGAAUGGCAUUGAAAAGUGCGCCGAAUACCUGCCUCCAUCUUCAGUGUUGGACUGCAAUAGGAUCUUCGGGGAUUACCAUGUGACAUUGAAGAAUCGCGAAGUGAAGGACAAGUAUGCCGUAUCGACGAUUCAUCUCAAGAAUGCAUCAACAAAGACAUGGCGUGAGAUUAUGCACUUCUGGUAUCAAUGGCCCGAAAGUGGGAUGCCAACGGAUGAAUCGAGUGUUAUAGCAAUGCUACUUGAGGCACGGACGUACCUGAAGUCGCCUCUUCCGGAACAAAGUGAAGACACUGCGAGUGAUGCGGUUGAGGAGGUGAAAAGUAAUGGUGAUGUGGAUAAAAGUAAAUCCCUCCAAAGGACGACACAAGGACCAUUGACUGUUCACUGUUCCCCCGGCACUGGCCGAACAGGCACACUCAUUGCCUGUGAUAUAGCUUUAAGGACACUCGAAGCCCCCGCCAGAUCAGUGGAUCUCCCACAGAUCGUCUACUAUGUGCGCCGUGGUCGAGCCAGUGCGAUCCGGACGCAAGAUCAAUAUGAAUUUAUCUACAGAGUGGCGAAUGCCUAUGCGACCAAACUCACGAGUCCUGCCCAAGAAAACUGAGAGAGAAUCAUGCCUUCAAGAUGGGGACCUUUAUGUGAUAAUCAAGCAACUUUAAAAUAAUAGAGAAAGAAAAAUAUUCUUCAAAAUAGAGAUUAUUGCAAUGAAUUCGCUGUGUAGCAAAAUACUGAGAGAGGCCUUAGGUCAUUGUGGUACUAUACAUUAUACAAAAAUGUUAAUUAAUUAUUUUUGUGUCUCCCAUUGCUGACGCAUAUUUUUUGUAUAUAUAAUAAUUAAUAUUAUAAAAUCAUUUUGUUAGCAAAAUUGUGUGUAAAUACUGUUUAAAUUGACAAGAACUCAUUUGUUAGAAAAAUUAUAUAAUAUUUUUUUGUUAAAGGGAAAAACAAGAGAAUAUUUUCCACCAAAAAAUUUAGCAAUCUCUUCCACGCAGCAAUGAUUAAAAUAAAAGAGAAUUAUAUACUUUUCUAAAUCACUUUAUAUUUGUUGCAUUAAAAUUAUGUAAUUACUACGUGGUAAAGACUUUGUAUAUGAGAUAGAAUAUGAAUAGAAGACAAGAAAAACGAAGAAA